AAGGAGGCGGGGUCGUCAGUGACACAGUAGGAACGUAUAGAGAGAGGGCUGGUGUUCACUACGGAAGGUUCGUGACGGGGUACGUGCUUCCGUUGUGAUCGUAAAUUCAAAAACACUCCGUCUACCUGUUUGGAGGGGACUUGUUGUCUGUGACCGAGCGAUGUCCACUCUCUUCCCGUCGCUCUUCCCGCGGAUCACCGAGUCGUUGUGGUUCAACCUCGACCGGCCAUGCGUGGACGAGACGGAGCUCCAACAGCAGGAGCAGCAGCACCAGACAUGGUUACAGAGUAUUGCCGAAAAGGACAAUAACUUGAUGCCCAUUGGAAAACCGAUAUUUGAGACGUUUGAUGAGGAGGAAGAAGAUGAAGACGAGGAUGAGGAGGACAGCGAAGAAGACUCAGAGGACGAAGAGGACAUGCAGGACAUGGAUGAGAUGAACGACUACAACGAGUCCCCCGAUGACGGAGAGAUCCACGAGGUGGACAUGGAGGCAGCAGAGCAGGACCAGGACCAGUGGAUGAUCUAGACCAGACUAAUCUACCUGCUGAUCUCUCUGCUGAGCAACUGUAGUGUUCUCAGAUAGGUGUGUGUGUGUGUGUGUGUGUGUGUGUGUGUGUGUGUGUGC